GUUAUUCAUCUUAGUUACCCAGAAUCCUGUCUACUUAGGUCUUUCUCUUCCGGUAUUUAACUGAGUGACUGAAAAAAUGACUCGUUACUCGAGUGAACCCGAAAACCUUAGCAAGUCUGCCAAGGCUAGAGGCUCUCUCCUACGUGUACACUUCAAGAACACACGUGAGACGGCCCAAGCUAUUAAAAGGAUGCAUUUGAAGCGUGCCACCCGAUAUCUCAAAAAUGUUAUGGAGAAAAAAGAAAUUGUCCCAUUCCGGAGAUUUUGUGGUGGAGUCGGCCGUCAUGCUCAGGCUAAACAGUGGAAAGCUACUCAGGGUCGGUGGCCCAAGAAGAGUGCUAAAUUUCUUUUACAGUUGUUGAAGAAUGCUGAAAGUAAUGCUGAGUUUAAGGGGUUAGACACCGAUCACUUAGUCAUUGAACACAUUCAAGUGAACCAAGCCCCUAAAAUGAGAAGACGGACAUACAGAGCUCAUGGACGUAUUAAUCCUUUCAUGAGCAGUCCAUGCCAUAUUGAAGUUAUUCUCACAGAAAAGGAAAUCCCUGUACCAAAACCAGCAGGAAGUGAGGAUGAGCCCGUGCGUAAGAAGGUGUCACAAAAGAAGCUAAAGAAACAGAAAUUAAUGAUGAGGGACUAAAUAUAUUGUGAGAAAUAAAGUGAUAUUUCUGUGUUACGAGA